AUGGCGGUGACAGUAGAUCAAGCCACUCGAAUCAUCCGAAAAUACCAUCCUGAUGACCAGAGCCCUGCCGUGGUGGACACGCUCCAGAAGGUCACAAACGUGGGAUACAGCUACAAUGCAAACAUCGCAUCGUAUACGAUUACGCUGAAACGAGAGGAAGAGCAAGAGACAUAUCUUCUCUACGUCGAGGAGACGGGGACGACCUCGCCACCUUCAGAUUCGGACCAUCGCGCGAAUGGGCUCUCCGUCAUUUACAACCUUCUAUCGAAAAUCAAAAAUAACUCCUCCAUCCCGAUGCCCCAAGGUAUCCUAGACGCGAACCUCGACAUUAUACCACACGAGUGCAUCCUAUUCACUAUGCCCUCUGGGUCGUCCCAGACAAUCUCUCUUUCAACGGCCAGGUCCUCCGGGAUGUUGGACGCGCAGGGACUCGCAAGGAUCGAACUAGAACUGGGGGCAUAUCUAGGGCAACUGCACGCCAUUCAAAACGACUGGUUUGGCCUUCCAUCCAUCGCAGAGCCCGCGGAACCCUCGUACAGCUGGCAAGAAUCCUUCGUAUUCCUCUUCGAAACACUUUUGGAAGAGAUCAAGCCGCUGCCCAUGUCCAAACGACUGGAUCUGUCAUUCGAAGAUAUCCAAAGAUAUCUGUCGCGGGCCAUCGGUUUCUUCCUGUUCGACGACGUUGAGGUCCCAGCACUCAUUGGAUUCGCCAUUUCAGAAGACGACAUUUUAGUGCACGUCCCAGAUGAGGCGUCACCAACAGCGGCGAUCGAGACGAUUCUUCCGAAUUUUAGCUGGGCAGUAUGGGGAGAUCCAUUGCUAGAAAGCCUUUUCAUGCCACCGGGCCCCUCUCCUGCCGUGAUGGAAGGUUAUACGGGGGCUGGAGGGACACCCCCAAUCGUAUUUCCGAGACAGAAGACGAAGCGGUUGUGGUAUUCAUUGUAUUUGUCGUUGCUGAUUCUUUGCAAGGGAGAAUCGUGCCCAAAGGAAACAUCGGAAGAUAGUGCAAACAUAACUUGGGCGUUGAGAACGGCGCAAGAAUGUGCCAAGGCUUUGAAGGAUGCGCCAUGUUAUUGA